UGAUGAUUUUGGUGGUGGUGGUGGUGGAGGUGUGGGUGAUAGUUUUGGUGAUAGUGGUGGUGGUGGUGAUGGUGAUGUUGGUGGUGGAGGUGAAAGUGAUGGUUUUGGUUGUGGUGGUGGAGGUAGGGGUGAUGGUUUUGGUGGUGGUGGUGGUGGUGAUGGUGAUGUUGGUGGUGGAGGUGGAUGUAGUGAUUUUAGUGAUGUUGAUGGUGAUGGUGGUGGAGAUGGGGGUGAUAGUUUUAGUGAUGAUGAUGGUGGGGGUGAUGGUUAUGGUGGUGGUGGGGAUGGUGACAUUAGUGGUGGAGGUGAUAAUUUUAGUGAUGUGGUGGUGGAGUUGAUGGUUUUAGUGAUGGUAGUGUUGAUGGUGAUGGUGGUGGCGGUGGUGGUAGUGGUGAAAGUGGAGGUGAUGGGCUUAGUGAUGGUGGUGGUGGAGUGGAGUAGAGGUGAUAGUUUUAGUGAUGGUGGUGGUGGAGGUGGGAAUAAUGAUUUUGGUGAUGAUAGUGGAGGUGGGGGUGAUGGUUUUGGUGAUGGUGGUGGUGGUGGUGAUGGUGAUAUUGGUGGUGGAGGUGGAGGUAAUGAUUUUAGUGAUGAUGGUGAUGGUGAUGGUGGUGGUGGAGAUGGGGAUGAUGGUUAUGGUGAUGGUGAUGGUGGUGGAGGAGGGGGGGGUGAUGGUUUUGGUUAUGGUGGUGGUGGUGAUGGUGAUGGUUUUAGUGAUGCUAGUGUUAAUGAUGGUGAUGGUGGUGGUGGAGGUGGAAGUGAUGAUUUGGGUGGUGGUGGUGGUGGAGGUGGGGAUGAUGGUUUUGGUGGUCAUGAUGGGGGUGAUGGUUUUAGUGAUGAUGAUGGUGGGGAUGAUGGUUUUGGUUAUGGUGGCGGUGGUAGUGGAGGUGGGGGUGAUGGUUUUGGUUAUGGUGGUGGUGGUGAUGUGAUUGAUGCUAGUGUUAAUGAUGGUGAUGGUGGUGGUAGAGGUGGAAGUAAUGAUUUUGGUGGUGGUGGAGGUGAGGGUGAUGGUUUUGGUGAUGGUGGUGGUGGUGGUGAUGGUGAUGUUGGUGGUGGAGGUGAAAGUGAUGGUUUUGGUGGUGGUGGUGGAGGUAGGGGUGAUGGUUUUGGUGAUGGUGGUGGUGAUGAUGUUGGUGGUGGAGGUGGAGGUAAUGAUUUUAGUGAUAGUGAUGGUGGUGGAGAUGGGGGUGAUGGUUUUAGUGAUGAUGAUGGUCGGGGUGAUGGUUUUGGUUAUGGUGGUAGUGGUAGUGGAG